AUGUUUAUCGCCGUUGUGCAAGAAAAUUUUGCAAUUGCAGAAGAAGAAAAGCAUAAAAUUCAAGUAGAAACUUUUCGUAGGAAUGCUGAUCCUACCAUAAAGAAAGAUUUUGUGAUUGAAAGAUGGAACAUUUAUAGAUUUUUUAAAGAAAAACCAAAAGCGCUAGCAAUUGAAAAUCUACCUUCUUCUUUAAUUUUACAUACACAAAAAAGUCGUGUUAGAGAACUUCUUGAAGAUGAUGAUAAUACGAAUAAAAAGAAAAGCAAGAAGUACGGAAUAAUGGGACCUACAGAUCGUCUUGUAAUUUCCGUGAAACGAUUUUUUGGAUAUGAAGAAAUUGACAACG